AGAGGGGGCAAGAUUUUUUGAAGACUUUCAGUGACUUGCAGGGAUAUUGUUCGAGUGCUCAAGAUUCCGUUCGACAUUCUUCGUAAUAAAAAGACGAAAAUUUCUCCAUGGGCCAUCCACGACCGCCCCUAUCACUCACCGAUCGUGAAUGAAACGAUGAGCGGAACCCUGGAUAAUCGAAGAUAACGCACCACCGCAAGUGCCAACGCGAGUAACACCGGUUGGAACUGGUAGAGAGAGAGAGAGAGAGAGAGAGGGAUGUAAGGAAGCGUGGAAGAAAGAUGCGAGGGGAAGAAGGAAGGGAAAGUAACUAGUGGAAUUCGAUCAAGGGGGAGGAAUUGGGGUAGUUGAGAGGAAGGAAUUCGAGAGAUGCCUCGACCGUCGAGGGACACUUACGGCGACCAGAAGCCGCCAUAUUCCUACAUCUCGUUGACAGCGAUGGCGAUAUGGUCGUCGAGGGACAAGAUGCUGCCGCUGGCCGAGAUCUACAAGUUCAUCGCCGAUCGCUUCCCCUAUUACAGGAAGGACACUCGAAGAUGGCAGAACUCGUUGAGGCACAAUCUUUCCUUCAACGAUUGCUUCAUCAAGGUGCCAAGAGGGCCCCACCGUCCUGGCAAGGGCGCCUACUGGGCUCUUCACCCGGCAGCUCUCUCCAUGUUCGAGAAUGGCUCCCUCCUACGGCGCAGAAAACGUUUCAAGCUGCACAAACCCGACAAGGAACUGUUGAAAUCCGAGCUUCAGGCCUUGGCGUCCGCCAUGCCGCCUCCUCAUUCCGAAUCCUCGCCCGUCCUGUCGAUAAAUCCUAACGCGCAGACGAGCAGCCUCACCGUUGCCAAUCUUCAUCGUCUUCGCGACGAUUUGCUCCGUUGGGAGUUGCAGGAGCGCCGCCUAACCAUGACUUCCGGCGGCAACAGCUCGCCAAGCUUCUCCACGCCCGAGGCUGGAUCGAGCUACUACCUACUGUCACCAGAGGUUCGACAGAGACUGGCCGGAACGGACGAGAUCCUUCGCGGUUACGAGAGCAACCUGUUGCAGGCAGGAAGUUGGAGCUUUCCAGGCUUCCAGGUGUCCCCGUACGUGUCUCAGCUCUCCUACUUUCAGACAGAUAUACCGGAAAGUAGACAGAUCUGCGCUGGAAACGCAGAGGCUGGUGUCCCCGAAAAGACUGACUCCAGGCUUUUCCUGGAGACCGCGAGAGGCGCCACGAUCGAGUCUGCCGAUGGUAAAGUUCGUUGUCCGCCGUUGGAGGCUGGAAUUUCCAAUCAGACGAGUAUCCAGCCUGGCCAGAAGAAGAAGAAGAAACCGUUCACCAUCGAGAAUAUCAUCGCGCCGGACGAUGAACAGAUUUCGAGUAACUCCGAGGACGAGAAGAGAUCUUCGGGCCACCUUUUGGUACCUAGACCGCUUUACGCCGGGUUCUCGUUCGGCCUGCCCACGAGUAAGGUCCCGUACGAGACUGCCACCUGAAUUUACUAGAUUCGACUAGUGUCUAGUGGAUAAUUUGAAGCGAACUGGAACGCUGGUGGC